CAAAACUCUCCUGCUGACUGCAGCCUGAAGACUGAAGCAGAGUAGUCACAGGGAUCUUCAGCACCUCUACCCAACAGAAUGAAAUACACACAAUACAUUUUCCUGGCAUCAAUCCUCUCCACGGUUGAAUAUAGCCUAGCUCAGACCUGUGCAGUGGACUCUUUCUCUGUGAAAGACAAUUUUGAUCCAAAAAGGUACGCAGGGAAAUGGUAUGCCUUGGCUAAGAAAGAUCCAGAAGGCCUUUUCCUUCAGGAUAACAUCUCUGCUGAAUACACUGUUGAGGAAGAUGGCACAAUGACAGCUUCUUCCAAGGGCCGGGUGAAGCUUUUUGGGUUCUGGGUAAUCUGUGCUGACAUGGCUGCUCAGUACACAGUGCCAGACCCGACCACUCCUGCAAAGAUGUACAUGACGUACCAGGGCCUGGCGAGCUAUCUGUCGAGUGGUGGGGACAACUACUGGGUGAUUGACACCGACUAUGAUAACUAUGCCAUUACUUACGCCUGCCGCAGCCUGAAGGAGGACGGCUCCUGUGAUGAUGGCUACUCCCUGAUCUUCUCUCGCAACCCCCGUGGCCUGCCCCCCGCCAUCCAGCGCAUCGUGCGCCAGAAGCAGGAGGAGAUCUGCAUGUCUGGCCAGUUCCAGCCUGUGCUGCAGUCAGGUACCUCAAGUCAACCCGCAGAGAAAUGGCUGCUCAGGCAGCUUGCAGGGGAGGUGACCGUAUUUGCUAUCAGUGUGGCAGAGCCACAGCAAGCCAAGCUGUAUCGUUUAUGAUGUUUUUAACUUCAUAAGAAAAAAGCUGCAAAAGGCAA